AUGACAUAGACCAUUGUCCUCAACAAUAAUAUCCUUUUCAUUUCUCUCUUACUCCUUUUUCUUCUUCUUUUGGUCCACUCCAUACCCCACCUUUUCCCCCCCUACUUGUUGAAAGUUUCACAAUCUUUUAUAUGGAAGUAUUGUCCAAGAAUUCGGUGUACACGUGUCGGUAGACGCAAUGGUAAUUUCCAACACUAUAAAUUCUUCCCAAAACCAUUCCUCAAGUGUUCAAAAUCUCAUAACAAUGGAACUACCAGUUGAAGAAGACAACGACGACGAGUUCUCACCAUUAAACCUCAUCCGAUACCAUCUUCUACAAGACUCCCAUUCCUUCUCCACUCUCCGAGAUUUCGGAUUCAAACUCGAAUUCGAAGAUUUCGAGUACGUGAAACCAUCGGAAGAGGAAGAAGAAGAGCCUCCGAUUCAGAGUCCGAAGAGGCACCCAGAACGACAAUCGCCGCGUUCGAGCUCGCCCGAUGGGGGUAGGCGUUACAGAGGGGUUCGGCGGCGGCCGUGGGGGAAGUUUGCGGCGGAGAUUCGAGAUCCGAGUAGAAAAGGGAGUAGGGUUUGGUUGGGGACUUUCGAUUCGGAUGUUGAUGCGGCUAGGGCUUAUGAUUCUGCUGCUUUUAAGAUAAGGGGAAGAAAAGCUAAGUUGAACUUUCCGUUGGAUGCCGGAAAGUCUGACCCGCCGCCGGGGAAUGGCCGGAAGAAGAAGAGACGUGAGACGAAUUUGAAUGCUUAAUGAAUAUAAAAAAAAAAAAAACACUUUUUAUAAAAUCUUUGAACAAAUCUUCAUUGUGGACUAAUCAUGAAUUUGUAUAUGAAUUUCUAAAUACACUAAAAAAGAAAAGGAUGAAAAAGUCUAAUUUCGUAUGCAUAGUCAAUUUAGUAUUGUAAUAGAAAGCUUUUGAAAUAUCAAUUAGGUAUGAAGUAAAAUGUUCUCUUUCAUAUAAAGGAUGAUUUUCUGGUCAUAAGUUGGACUUAUAUUUUUCCCUUUGUUGCACAUCAAUUGACUGAUCGAAACUUUAAAUUACAUACCCAAAGUUUAUCA